AUGAUGCGGGGGUCGUGGGUGGCCCUCGCUGCGCUGUCUGGUACAGCUGCAGGAAUGGGUCUGGGUCAUGGCGCGACCAAGUUUAAGAGAGAUAUCAAGCUAUCUGCUGAGUUGGGUAUCCAUCCGGAUAUUUUGCUUGGGCAGCGGACUUCCGUGGCUGCCGUUGCUGGGGCUUCUCUUGAUCAGAAUGUCAAGGCGGAAUAUGUUUCGCUUCCCAUCGAUCAUAGCAAUCACUCUGUGGGUUUCUACCAGAACAGAUAUUGGGCCUCAACGGACCAUUAUAAAGAAGGAGGACCGGUGUUUAUUUACGACGUCGGAGAGGCCACGGCCGAAAGCUCGGCUCAAGUCCAUCUGGGCAAUUCGUCUUCGUUCUUCUAUCAGAUGCUUGAAGAGUUCGGCGGCGUUGGUAUUGUUUGGGAACACAGAUACUAUGGUGAUUCGCUGCCAUUCCCCGUCAAUAAGGACACUCCAUCGGAGCACUUCCAGUAUCUUAACAAUCGCCAGGCCCUAGCGGAUAUUCCAUACUUCGCGCAGAACUUUACUCGCGAUAGUCUCAAAGAUGUCGAUUUGACUUCCUACGCACAGCCUUGGGUCAUGGUAGGAGGAUCCUACGCCGGCAUGCGCUCUGCAUUCACCCGCAAUGAGUAUCCGGACAGUAUCUUUGCAUCUUUUGCUUCAUCCGCCCCAGUUCAGGCGAAGAUCGACAUGAGCGUUUAUUUCGAUCAGGUGUAUGCUGGACUUGUUGCGUACGGAUACUCCAACUGCACCAAGGAUAUCAAAGCAGCAGUGGAAUACAUCGACGAGCAGCUUUCCAGAAACAAGAGUUCUGCGGCGGCCAUCAAAAAGCAGUUCUUCGGCGAUGGCGCUGAAAACAAUAGCCAUGGUGAUUUCACAGCCGCGCUCACUGGUAUCUUCCAAUACUUCCAGUCAUAUGGUCUGGCCGGUGGCAGUGCUGGUCUGGGAUCCUUCUGUGAGCACAUGGAGACCGACGGAGUCACCGGACGUCCGGCACCACCUACUGGAUUCGCCCGCUUCCGUGGUAAAGAGUAUGCGGCCAAACGGUGGGCCUCAUGGCCAGUAUUUACACAGCUGAUCAACUUCAACUUCGAGACCAACUGCAAGCAACUCGACCCUAGCGAGGACCUGUCUUGUAUUUUGUCCCCUCCAGCCGUUGACCCGGACACCAUCAGUUGGACAUGGCAGUACUGCGACGAAUGGGGAUACUUCCAGACGAUCAACAAGGGGCCUCACGCUCUUCUGUCCAAAUACCAAUCCCUCGACUAUGCGCAGUUUGUGUGCAACCGACAAUUUCCAGAAGCCGCGAAGAGCGGCCUACUACCCCCACAACCCCGAGCCAAGGAGAUGAACCAGCAGACCGGCGGGUGGACAAUUCGUCCGUCCAACGUGUACUGGAGCGGAGGACAAUUCGACCCCUGGCGCACACUCUCCCCUCUUGCGACAGGCAACCUCGCCCCACAGAACGUGGCUUUCACCACCGACAUCCCCGCAUGUAACGUGCAAACAGACGAAGACACGCUGUUUGGAUACAUCAUGGACAAUGCCGAGCACUGUUUCGAUUUCCGCACUUCCUUUGAGCCGGGUAAGCCGUCCCGAAACAACUUUCACCAGGCGUUGAAAAAGUGGCUGCCAUGCUUCAAGCCCACAGAGCAUUAA